AUGUCUUCUCAUAAUACAACCUCCGAGCCAUCCCUCCCCAUCGCAGUAAUCAUUUGCUCCGGCCGACAACCCCGCGUCGGCGACCAAAUAACCUCCUUCGUCCUCCGCACCAUCCAAUCCACCUACCCCACCUCCUCCCUCACCUUAAUCGACCUCCUAUCUUGGAACCUACCCAUGUUUAACGAGCCUACAAUCCCAUCACAAAUCCACUCCUCCUCUGACUACAUACAACCCCAUACCCGAGCCUGGUCUGAGGAGAUAUCAAAGUAUAAAGGGUACGUUUUUGUCACGCCGCAGUAUAAUUGGGGGUACCCCGCGAUCCUGAAGAAUGCGAUUGAUUACCUGUUUAACGAGUGGAAGGGGAAAGCUGCGAUGGUUGUUAGUUAUGGGGGACAUGGAGGUGGCAAGGCGGCGGUGCAGUUGAAGGGCGUGCUUGAGGGGUGUAGGAUGAGUGUUGUGGAGCGGAUGCCUGGCUUACAUUUCCCGGAUGAGAGGGUUUUGGGGGUUGCGGCUGUGGGUGGUGAGUUGUCUUUGGAGGGAGAGGGGGCGAUUUGGGGAGAGAUGGAGAGGGAGGAAAUUGGAAAGGCUUACGGGGAGUUGCUGGGCUUGCUUUGGGAGAAGGAGAAGGAGAAGGAGAAGGAGAAGCUGGGACGUGUGGCUGGGGCGUGA